AUGUCCUCCACAACAACCGAGGAGCGCAUUGAGCUCACCGAGCUUGCCACUACAGACCGAGCAUCGCUCACCGCGUACGGAACCGACGCUGCCCAGAAUCCAGAUGAAGUUCCAGAAGAUGCAGCAUACUCUACCACCGCUAUUCCCGAUGGUGGCUACGGCUGGAUGGUCGUGUUCUGCUGCUCCAUCACUGCAUUCUGGAGCAACGGAGUCAUCAAUUGUUGGGGUGUUCUACAAGCGGCGCUCCUCGACUCGUCCCUUCGCUCGGUCCCAACGUCGACCGUCUCGUUCGUCGGCUCACUAGGCCUUUGCCUCAGCGCAGGCCUUGGAAUCUUCGUUGUCCAGUUCAUGCGCUGGGCCGGAAGCCGUCGCACUUCAAUGGCCGGCGUGUGCUUGAUGAGCGCGAGCUUGAUCAGCAGCAGCUUCUGUACUGCAGAGGUUGGGGCGCUCUUCGGCACUAUGGGCAUCCUCGCGGGCGUAGGCAUGAGCAUGGUGUAUACGGUUUCCAAUGGACUGCCCGUGCAGUACUUUUCCGGUCAUCUAGGUCUCGCGAAUGGCAUUGUCAAGCUGGGCGGUGGUAUCGGCGGCUGUGUUCUCGCCGUGGCGAUUGAAGCAAUGUACCGCCGCGUGGGCAUUGCGUGGACGUUCCGGAUCCAAGGCCUUGUGACCCUUGCGACUGGCCUGCCGGCGGCUUACAUGCAGAAAGAUCGCGUUCGACUGCGCAGUGUUCCGUUGGUGGACACGUCAAUGUUUCGAUCCGUUCCGUUCGUGACCGUCUUCUUCGCGGGCGCGAUCGGAUCCUUCGCACUGUUUGUCCCGCCCUACUUCCUACCAUUGUUCGCCCAAAGCAUCAAUCUGAGCUCGAGCACCGGUGCCGGCCUGGUAGCUGCCUUCAACGCAUGCAACGCCGUAGGAAGAUUCGCCGCAGGGCCUUUGUGCGAUAAAAUCGGGCCCGUCAACAUGUUUCUGAUCACGAUGAUACUCAAUGCCGUCUCCAUGCUGGCGAUUUGGCCCGUGUCCGAUACGCUUGCGCCGCUUGCUGUCUUUGCAGCACUCAAUGGUGCAGCCAAUGGUUCCUUCUUCACAACUCUACCAACUGUUGUCGCAAGCAUGUUUGGUCCAGGUCGGGCUGCCGUAGCAAUGUCAAUGGCCGUCGCCGGAUGGAGUGGUGGAUACUUAAUGGGAUCACCCAUCGCGGGCUAUCUUUUACAGGCCGCCGGUGGUAAACAGCAAGGCGGACAGGGCCUGGGUGUCGAAGUCUAUCGACCUGCUAUCUUCUACGCCGGCGGAGUAGCGACUGCCUCCUCGUUAUUCGUGCUGUUCGCAAGGUUCAAGAUGGCGAAGAAGGUGGUAGAGAAGGUCUAA